GAUAAUUACUACUAUCUCUUAACUCUUCUCACGUGCAGAAAUUGAAGAGAUCAAAUUCAGUUCAGAUCCAUAUCUCACUGUUUCAUUGUGUAUGGCGAGAGAGAAAAUUUACUGAAUUAACUUUCAAGCAACACAUGGACUUUGGGAGCUUUCUAACUAAUAGCUAACUUGUUAUAGAUCGAGAGGCUCAGGGCAGCCUGCUAUUCCAAAUUUAUUUGGAUCACAGAACCGUCGAACUAAUAAAGUAUUCCAACCUAUCGCUGCGUGCUCUGGUUACGAUUACGAUUUCAGAGUCGGACGCCUUGAAAAUAUAAACAAUCCUCUUGGAAAUACGGGUAUUAUAGAGCAGCAAGGCUACGAAUUCAAGACCUACCCAGAGCUAAAUUGUGCUAAUCAUGAAGUUGUGAACAAUACCAUUUUCGAUUUCACGUCUUUCCGAUUCCGACCUAAACCCUCGCAAUCAGCAACUUCUCAGCUAAAGGGCUGGUCUCAAGACCCACGGGGUAUUUGGCGAUACAAGCAGCCGGAUAGAAACGCAAGAGUUGAAAGGGUUAAACUCCUAGACUGGAAUAAAGUACCAGAUUGGCACUUUCCAGCAAACAUGGACAAGACGGAAGGAAUCAUUAGAUGGUCGCCAAACUCGGCUCGUGCACAGUUUGUCGCGUUUAACUUGAAUUAUCGAAUUCUUCAGGUCUAUGAGGCCAAGGGUCUUGCACGGCCAGGUAAAUUCGAGUAUGAACCAUUAUCUCGUUACAUUGAUAUCCCCUCUUUGAACACUUUCGACUGGUCGCCAGUUGUCGAAGGUUUGGUUGCUGUUGGUACUUCUAGUGGCGAACUUCAACUACUACGAGUUGACGACAAUUCUAAUGCUGUCUUGUCUCUUUCAAUCAAACAGCCAAGAGCAUGUCAAGCUGUCGCUUUUAAUACUACUGGACUAUUAGCAAUUGGUCUCGAAAGAGUUCGCAAUGAUGGCUCUCUGCAAAUUUGGGAUGUUAACCAACGUCUAACUGGUUGGGAUACUUCUCAGCCGGGUUGGAAGGUACCAAAUAAUGCGGUCGAGCCGAGAAAGUUAGAGUCGGCCACCGUAACUAGCAUCAAGUUCUUUGAGGAUCAACCACAAACCCUUGCUAUUGGUAUCAAGAACUCUUGUGUUCGAAUCCAUGAUCUCAGAGAUCCGAGCAGCGGAGUGAUUACAUUUCAAACCAAAUGCAACAAUAACCUCACCAUCGACUACUCAGACCCCAACUAUUUUGCUUCCUCCUCUUUAGAUCAGCCUGGACUCAUGGUCUGGGAUAGACGUGCCAGCACACGAGCCACCGCCUCCCCAAUGUAUUUAGAUGCUUUUGAUAAUGAUGGAUAUGUUUGGGGAGCCGCUUUGCAACUAAAGAAGGUCAUUUCUACCGACAAACAGGGUUCGUAUAUUAAAUCAUUGCGCUAUUGCCGAGAGCAUCGAGGAACUUUGGGUGUUCUCUCAAACGCCGGUCAGCUUCAAAUCUUGAAGACUAACAAAGAGUAUUACGAUCCUGGCUCCGAAGAUGAUGUCAAAGGAAGCCCGGAGUUACUUCAGGUCAAGAAGUCAAUUGAUCUCGAAUAUCCAUAUGUAGACCCAGAUCAUGGUCGCAGGCAAGAGGAUAGAAUUGUCUCCUUUGAUUGGUUAACACUAGGUAAUACAGAUUUGCAGCCUCGUGUUGUUGCGUUAAGGGCUUCAGGAUCAUUUGAGAUUAUGCAGACACCACCCUCUAGCAAUGGUCAAAUGAUGGAUUUCAUGCCAUGGCAACCACCACAUAACCAUGAUAAGGUGCCCUAUCAUACUUUGAUGGACUUCGCAGAUGCCGCCGAGCGUCGGGCGAACCUUGGCCCCCUUUUUGCGGAAGAGUUGAAGUUUAAUACACCAGUUUUUGGGCCAGAGGGGUACAAUACCUCACAUGUUCAAAAGUCUUUAGCGGCUGCUCUCGACAAAGCUCUUGAGCGUCCCGAAGCCCCGGCAUCAGAAGUCAAAGCGGAAAUCCCUGGCAGUCAGAUCAAAAGAGCAGCUUUUACGAAAGCAACUUUUGCAGAAGCUAUUGACCGGCAACUUUCGAUCGUUAACGAUCCAGUAUCUGAAACAUUUGCUAAGAGAGGUGGUGUUGGCGAUUUCAAUGGUCCUAGCUCUUUAAAUAAUAAACUAUCCGCUAUGAGUCUUUUGGGAAAGGGAAAGUUAAAGGCUCAAAAUCUAUCGACAACCGAGAUUCGUUCAAGCAGGGAGAUGCACGAAAUGUUACUUGAAUCUCGCGUACCAUCUUCGAAGGCUGACGCUAUGCUAAUUGAUAAUCUGUCUAUUCAACGUGCUCUCAAUGGUUAUUUGUUCGAUUGUAAUAAGAAUAAAUCACUUGUCAGAGAUGAUCCAUGGCUUAGGGAUGUGUGGUAUUGGAUUUCAGUUGCCGAGAAAGCUGCUAAAGAUGACGGUAUGCUGUCUUCGACCCUUGACCUUAGCUAUUUGGGAGUCUAUACCUUGUGGAACAAUAAUCUUGGUAGGAAGGCCGAAUCAAGACUUGUUGAGAGCACUGUUAUUCCCGAUCACACUCAGUGGGAACGGCUUAUUGCUUCUAUAAAUAAACGUGUCGGCCAUGAAGAAUAUACUGGUGUGCCAACCAUGAAACCCCAACACCGACAAUUGUGCCUUGCCCAGUGCAGUUUUGCAACACCUGCCGCAGAGCUAAAAGAGAUGCUGACUCGUCUAGAGGGAAGAGGAGAAUUCACUAAAGCAGCUGCACGGGCGCUGUUUGAGGGCGAGCCUGAACAAGCAGUCGAGAUCCUCAGACGUGGAGACAAAGAGCUAGUAUUUGUUGCUGUGGCACUUGAUGUCACCGUCAAGAGUCCUCCCAACGUUGAUCUCUCCAAUUGGAGUAAGACAUUUCGAGAACAAGCUCACAUGUCGGACGAUCCAUAUCUAAGAGCUAUAUUUAGUUACAUUACAACGAGAGACUGGGAGGUCAUCGCUAAUGAGACGGCUUUACCUUUGAGAUAUCGUGCCGGUGUGGCUUUAAGAUACCUUAGUGACUUACAACUUACAGAGUGGCUUGAUAAGGAAAUGGAAGAAGCUAUCAAAUAUGGAGACAUCGAAGGUAUCGUUCUUGCAGGAAUCACAGACAAUAUGGUCGAUAUCUUGGCGAAAUAUGUCGCAAAGUUCUUUGACUACCAAACCGCCAUUCUAAUCAUGUCUUUCUGUUAUCCUCGCUACAUUUCCGACAUCCGCUGCGAUGCCUGGCGUCGUGACUACCAAGAUUAUUUAAAUCGCCAUCAACAAUUCAUACUCCGCGUCCAAUUUGACCAAGGUUCAGCCAAGAAGUCUCGUCAACGAGACGGUAUUCCGGUUAUUAAACCCCCCAUCCGCCAAGUCACUCUUCGUUGUCUCUUUUGCGAUAACCGUUCAGCAAACGAUCGCCAUAACGCUACAGGCGCUGCCCCUGCACCUCCCAAUUCAUCCGCUGGUCCCUCUUCUAACGCUGACGAACGCAAUCCUUUGAUGUCCAGCGGUAUUAAUGCCGGUCUUAGCUGUCCUCGCUGUGGCUCACACCUACCUCGCUGUGGAAUCUGUUUAGAGAUUUGCGGCUCUCCAAGAUCGGACAGGCCUGAGCUUUCGGAGGAUCCAUUGGUGAAGAGAAUGGGCAAGCAAUUGACUUUUUGCAUGAAAUGCAAACAUGCUGCUCAUAUGGAUCACGCGGUAAAUUGGUUCAAUAGACACGUGGAAUGUCCAGUUGCGGAAUGCAAAUGCCAGUGCAAUCUCAGGUCUAACGUGGACAUUGCUUGAUUCUAUGAUGGGCUGGAUUGAAAGGCAGCCAGUGCAGUUUUUUAAUGGCGUUAUGAAUGUAUGGAUACAUUUGGGUGCAUGCGGGUGGAUAUACCCUUUUCUGGUAGGAGAUUGGACUUUUAUUCGUAAUGAUAGUAUAAAAAGAAUUCUGCCCACGCACACUAGGAGGCUACUUGAUAUUAUUGGAAAAAAUCAGCCACUUCGCCUGGGGCAACCAUAAAUCACAAUGCAGUAUUGUAAAUUCCAAUCUCGUGAGCUUACCA